AUGAGCUUUGAACCCUUGUCUUUUUUCGAACCUGAUACAAAGGUGAAACGGGUUGGUGAACAGGACGAAAUUGAAACAUUCAACCUUGAAUCACAAAAUACUUAUGAAAAGGUAACCGAAGAAGAACCGAAAGACGAAGAGGCCAAUUUUGUUCCUUUAGAGGUUUUGGAUUUACCCACUAUUUCAACUUCACUUCCAACUGAAGUAAUAACUACAGUUUUAAAACUGUUACAGCCAGAGCAGGUCAAAAAUUUUGGCAAUCAACGUCGACAAAUUCCUUCUCUGUUUACAACAGAAGAACUCCAAGAGUAUCUCAAUUCAAAACAUCUCACUAUGGUCGAAGUUGUUAAGCUCUCAGAGUAUAUUGGGCAUAACCUCAAGUCAACGCUAACCAUAACACAACUUCCUACUUGUAGCUCUUCCGAAGUAACUGCCUAUUUGACCAAGAUUAUUGCAUGUCCAUUUUUAAAUCUCACAGAAGAGGAACGAAAUACCAUUUAUGAUUUGGCUUCCUUUGUCAUGACUGCCAAUUUUGCACCUGCACUAAAAGGUAAUACUACAAGAAUGGUUCAAAUAGAUGGGCUUGAAAGGGAGAUUUUGCUUUAUGAGCCUGCAUUAACUGAAGAUAAAGUGGGUAACAUCACUUGGGGUGCGUCGCUGGAACUGGCUAAACUCAUUGUUGACGGAUGUAGUGAAGAAUGGAUAAGCAACAAGGAAACCACGAUUCUGGAACUGGGAGCAGGAACAGGUUUAGUUACUAUUGUGCUAGGAAUAUUGAUGCAUAAGGUAGUUUCUACGGAUUUGCCUGAGAUCAUUGACAAUUUAUCCAAAAAUAUAAUGUUGAAUAAACUCCACUGUACCUUGUCCCAAUCUUUUGAAACCUUUGACGAUACGUCGUUAAUAAACGUCACUUCUUUAGACUGGAGGGAUCCGUUGGAUUUCCUUCAAAGAACACAUCAACCCGAGGGCUAUAAAACAAUUGUUAUUUCAGAUCCCGUAUAUUCUUCCCAACAUCCAUAUUGGGUUCAAAAGGCUGUAAAUGCAACACUUUCAAAGGACGAUAGUUCACGUGUUGUCUUCAUGGUAGGCCAAAGAGACAGAUUCCAAGAUGUGCGAGAUAACUUAUGGAGGCUAAUGAUUGAGUCAGGCCUUAAGGUGAUUAGUGAGAAAGUUAUCAAUGGUUUUGAUGACUACGGGGAAUUACCAUAUGAUUACAAAGUUUUCGGCUGGAACUAA